CCGCUAAGCUCAUAAAGCCCCCGCCCGCCCUGGGGCGGCCCUUUGCCUAUUGCCCUGAGCGGAGGAGGAGACGGGCGGCCCACUGCUGCAGCGGCUGGAGGCGGAGAGCUCGCGAGGGGGGCUUCGGUGCCCCCUCCCCGGCAGCGCCUCCUUCUCCGCGGCGCCCGGCGCCUCCCGUGGCGCGGGGGGGCGUGACCGGCCGCGGCGGGGCAAACGGGAGCUGCUGGCGGCGCGUCCCACUGGAGGGGCGAAGAUGGCGCUGAACGGCAGCAGGCAGCCCCCCAGCCUCCUCUUCCUGCUGGCUCUGGUUCUCCCGCUAGCGCCGCCAAGCCGGGCAGCGGACACAGCGCUGCCCCCCAUCCCCGCAGAUAAACUAUUAGUUCUAACUGUUGCAACUAAAGAAACAGAUGGCUUUCACCGCUUCAUGCAAACUGCAAAGCACUUCAACUAUACAGUGAAGGUUCUUGGUAAAGGUGAAGAGUGGAAAGGUGGGAAGUUAAUUAACUCUAUUGGAGGAGGACAGAAAGUGCGAUUGCUGAAAGAAGGAAUAGACAGCUAUGCUGAUCAAGAGGACUUGAUUGUAAUGUUUAUUGAAUGCUAUGAUGUUAUCUUUGCGGGUGGCCCUGAAGAGAUGCUAAAGAAGUUCCAGCAAGCUAAUCAUAAAGUAGUAUUUGCAGCAGAUGGACUAAUAUGGCCCGAUAAAAGAUUAGCAGAGAAGUAUCCUGUUGUCCGGAGUGGAAAACGAUUCCUUAAUUCAGGAGGAUUUAUUGGUUAUGCUCCAUAUAUAAACCAAAUGGUACAGCAAUGGAACCUGCAAGAUAAUGAUGAUGACCAGCUGUUUUAUACCAAAAUCUAUAUUGACCCACUGCAGAGGGCACGUAUCAACAUUACUUUGGACCACAAGUGCAGAAUUUUCCAGACCCUGAAUGGAGCUGUUGAUGAAGUUCUUCUGAAAUUUGAAGAAGGAAGAGUAAGAGCAAGGAAUUCAGUGUAUGAGACGCUGCCCAUCACUCUGCAUGGAAAUGGCCCCACUAAAAUUCACCUCAGUUACUUUGGAAAUUAUAUCCCUAAUGCUUGGACACGUGAAACUGGAUGUGGUGUUUGUGAUUUAGAUUUACUAGACCUAUCAAUGGUUAAAGAAUAUCCAAGGGUUACAAUUGCUGUUUUCAUUGAACAACCAACUCCUUUCCUACCUAAAUUUUUAGACAGACUGUUGACUCUGGAUUACCCAAAGGAACCACUUAGUAUCUUCAUUCAUAAUAAUGAGGUUUAUCAUGAAAAGCACAUCAAGAAAUUUUGGGAGAAAGCCAAGAAGGCUAUCAGAAGUAUAAAAAUUGUUGGACCUGAGGAGAACCUGAGUCAAGCAGAAGCCAGGAACAUGGGAAUGGACCUUUGUCGCCAGAAUAAAGCAUGUGACUAUUACUUCAGCAUAGAUGCGGAUGUUGUGCUGACAAACCCGAAGACUUUAAGACUUCUGAUAGAGCAGAACAGGAAGAUAAUUGCUCCACUUGUAACUCGCCAUGGGAAGCUAUGGUCCAACUUUUGGGGUGCUUUGAGCCCUGAUGGCUAUUAUGCUCGCUCAGAAGAUUAUGUGGAUAUUGUCCAAGGGAACAGAGUAGGAGUCUGGAAUAUCCCUUAUAUGGCUAAUAUAUACUUAAUUAAAGGACAGACUCUCAGAUCAGAGAUGAGAGAGAGAAACUAUUUUGUUCGUGAUAAGUUGGAUCCUGAUAUGGCACUCUGCAGGAAUGCCAGGGAAAUGAGUUUACAAAGGGAAAAAGGCUCCCCUUCUUCGGAAACAUUCCAUAUGCUCAGACCCCCAAAGGGUGUCUUUAUGUACAUUACCAACAGACAUGAAUUUGGGAGACUUAUUUCAACUGCCAACUACAAUACCUCCCACUACAACAAUGAUCUCUGGCAGAUUUUUGAAAAUCCUGUGGACUGGAAGGAAACCUAUAUAAAUCCCAACUACUCAAAGAUCUUCACUGAAAAUCUAGUGGAACAGCCAUGCCCAGAUGUGUAUUGGUUUCCCAUAUUUUCGGAGACUGCCUGUGAUGAACUGGUAGAGGAAAUGGAACAUUAUGGACAGUGGUCUGGAGGAAAACAUCGUGAUAGUCGUAUAUCUGGAGGUUAUGAAAAUGUCCCAACUGAUGAUAUUCACAUGAAGCAAAUCGGGCUGGAUGGUGAAUGGCUACAUUUCAUUAGAGAGUUCAUUGCACCAGUAACACUAAAAGUCUUUGCUGGCUAUUAUACAAAGGGAUAUGCCAUGCUGAAUUUUGUUGUAAAGUACACUACGGACAGACAGCGUUCCCUCAGACCUCAUCAUGACUCUUCUACGUUUACCAUCAACAUUGCUCUCAACAAAGGAGGAGAAGAUUUUCAGGGAGGUGGAUGUAAAUUUAUUAGAUACAACUGUUCCAUUGAGUCACCCAGGAAAGGAUGGAGCUUCAUGCAUCCAGGAAGACUUACUCAUUUACACGAAGGACUUCCCAUUUUAAAUGGAACAAGAUACAUUGCAGUAUCAUUUAUUGAUCCCUAACUUUAUUUUCCUGCCUCUUCAAAACCAGUGGUUGGUUCUUUGACAUAAACUCUUAUUUAUAGUUUUCCUCCCAGAAGAUGGUGAUAAAAGAAACUUUAAUUUACUUCCUCUAGACAGCAGAUUUACUUUGAGCUAAAAGAUUGAAAAAACAACUUUAAAAAAUGUUGGACACUUCCAAAUGUCUGCUCUGAGCCUUACGUCACAAAGUAAAAAUGCCCUGUUUAUUUUUGUACGCUGCUGUCUUGAAAGGUGGGGCGGGGAGGGAAAACAGAAAUGCAUUUUAAAAUGAAUAUUUUUUUUCUGUUAUGAAAAAUUCCCAGAUACAAAAUUAUCUCCAAAUCUUCUCUUGUGGUUUUCAUUCAGUAAAAUGAUGCAGAUGAAGUUGUGUGUUGUGCAUAUUUUAUAACUACCAAUAGAAGAACCACAUAUAGAAUUAGCAUCAAGUGAAUCCCAUAGCCUAGCAGAAUUGCACACAAAUUUUGGCUUUAAGCGAAAGCAUAUUUUGUGUGCUGAUGUGCACUUUGGCAACACCCCAGUAAAACUUUUUAAAAUACUUAGUUUAUAUUAAAUAUCAACAUCUAUAUCCUCCUAAAGAAUAUAUGCAUUGCAAAGUUUGAGGAAUAGAUUGAAUACGUUAAUUUUUUUUUUAAAUGGCUUUAUCAAGAACUGCAAGUAUGUGUUUUAAAGAAGAACUUGUCCCAUUAAGGUUACUUCUCUUUACCAAGUGUUCUUCAAUUAAAAUGAGCUAUUUUUGCAAUGUAUAGUUGCACCAGGUUGAUACUGGAAAUUUAAAUUCUGUUUUCAGAACACUGCUAAAUUUUAAUAUCAGGAUGUUUUGUAAACACAAUUUUCUGUUUAAAAUUACUUGAAUUUUGUAUCAGGAAAAUGAAAUUGGUGAAGUCUUUCUUUUAAACCUAAGAGGUUUGACUUACCAUUUAUUUUAAAGGAAUCAGUUUUAAAUAUUCCUACUGUAUCUACUGUUUGUAAUUUAAAGAAACUUGAAGCAAACUCUAAACCAAGGAACCUAAGGUGCCGGAGUGCACAAUGUGUUUAAAAACUUGUGAAAAAUAAAAGGUAAUUUUAAAUUAA